GUUACAUACAGCCAGUAGACCCCAAUGCAACCCUUAUGUUUUGAAUGAAGUUUGCUGAGGAAGUGCUGUUGCUGCUACCUUACUAUUUGCAUGGGUUUUCAGCGGUAAACCCCCCCACGUUUUCAUUUUGCAGCUGUAGGAUAUUUUUAAGUUUCUUUGCGGGUUUAGGGGGCAAAUGUACAACUCGCUAAAGCAGAGGGAACAUUCUGCUUUCAAAAAUAAUUUGCAUCGAGUAUCUAUUUGCGCGCCGGAGACAAGUUUGGCACACUUUUACGCGCCGACUUCGCUAUCCGUGCGCUUUGCCAAACGGUGCGCAUAAGUCUCCCAACAACACUGGAAAAAAUUUCGAUCAAAACAACACAAGAUCUGAUUUAAAAGUUUAUUUUUGUCUACUGAAGUUGCCAAAUAUCAAAUUUGUUACAUUUCAAUUCAGUAAAUAGUCCACUUUUGGCGCAUUUUUUUUUUACAUUUUUCCUUCUACAGGCUGUGAAACUCACCCUUUCAGUGGGACAUUUUUUGCAGCGUCUGCAGGAAAACCACGUCAUCCGGUGAGACAGCUCCUACAUUUUUUCCCCCCUCUUCGCUCUUGGAUCAUCAUCCACAGAGUGAGGAAAACUGGAUAAAGACUUUUCCGCACGCAAUCAUGAUGACUGGAUUUCGGCUCAACUUGUCGCCCCUAAAGGAGCCUCUUGGUUUCAUCAAACUGGUUGAAUGGCUCACGGCCAUAUUUGCUUUUGGAACCUGCGCCGGAUUCUCAGGGAGGAACACCGUAUCUCUUUUCUGCGGCGACGGCAGGAACGACACACUCAGUGCUAACUUUCACUACCCAUUCAGGUUGAGUCUGGUCCCCCUCAUUGAGGGAAACACCACCCUCUGCAACCACACCGUUGGUACGACGUACCUGGUGGGAGACGCCUCCUCUGCGGUGGAGUUCUUCGUGGGAGUUGGCACCGUCUGCUUCCUGUACAGCAUGGCUGCUCUCCUGGUGUACUUAGGCUACAUGCAUGUCUAUAAGGACUCUGACUUUGGACCUAUUUUAGAUUUUGUGAUCACAGCGAUCCUGGUCUUCCUGUGGCUGGUGUGUUCUUCUGCCUGGGCAAAGGGCUUGCAGAAUGUGAAAGAUGCCACGAAUACUGACGGUAUAGAUGCAACUGUAGCAGUCUGCAAAGGCAGCAACGUCACCUGUGCCGUCACCGAGUUUGCCAACAUGCGGACUCUCAACCUCUCUGUGGUUUUUGGCUACCUCAACAUGCUUGUGUGGGCGGCCAAUGCUUGGUUUGUCUACAAGGAGACGCGCUGGCAUUCCCAGAAGUUCGCUUCCCAAUCCGGACCCGGACGGCAACAAGUCCCCGCACCAAUCUAGCACCCAAAAAUCUUUACACAAACACACAACCAUAGACAGAAAACAAUAGAAAGUCCCACUUUCACCACACAUGAACGCACAUUAUAGAAGGUAGAAGUUGAAAAAGGAAGAUUGAAUCAGGAGAUUUGAUCGUUGUUAGCUCAGAACUUCUUCUAAAAGUAACAUCUAAAGCCUAAAUAAACAUAUUUAGAGCCAAAUCAGUGUCUGAUAACAUAAUAUUUCUUGCAUUUUUAUGCUAAACUGUUGUAAAGACACAAAGUCCUUUACAGUAAAUUGUCAAACAGCCAAGAAGAUAGAAAAAA